ACGAGAUCGAGCUAUGACAACAUUUUUUCUGCUGAUGACUAGACUGCACAACCGUGACGAAUGACCUGUUCCAAAUUUCACUUUAUCUGCAAGUUGAUGUUUUAGCAAGAUUUUGGACGUCAGUUUAUUUGUAACAAUGAGUGGUUGUGUACAAAUCGUUGAGUGUGUUCCCAAUUUUUCAGAGGGACGUUCAAAAGAGGUCAUCGAUGCGAUUGCAGAGGCACUCAUUUGUACCCAAGGAUGUCACCUACUGGAUGUGGACCCAGGUCCAUCAACAAACCGCACAGUCUACACCUUUGUGGGCUCUCCAUCUGCUGUCGUUGAGGGCGCUUUGAAUAUGGCGAGGGUGGCUGCAAAGUUGAUCGACAUGCGAGGCCAUCAUGGAGAGCAUCCUCGUAUGGGAGCUCUGGAUGUGUGUCCGUUCAUUCCGGUGAAUAAUACAACAAUGGAGGAUUGCGUUGGAUGUGCUAAAGAGUUUGGUUCACGUCUCGCUCAAGAACUUGGCGUACCAGUUUACCUCUAUGCCAAUGCAGCCUGUGAAGACAAAAGGAAGAUACUGUCCUCAAUAAGAGAUGGAGAGUAUGAGAAAAUGCCCCAGAAGCUUGCCAACCCUGACUGGUAUCCUGACUACGGCACGAAUGACUUCAUCCCAACUUGGGGUGCAACUGCUACAGGCGCUCGUAAGUUCCUCAUUGCCUUCAAUGUCAACCUGCUGGGAACCAAGGAACAGGCUCAUCGGAUCGCUCUCAAUGUCCGAGAACAAGGGCGUGAUCCUUCCCAGCGUGGGACGCUGAAGUCUGUUCAAGGCAUUGGUUGGUGGUUAGAUGAAGCCAAUCUAGCCCAGGUUAGCUUGAAUCUUCUGGACAUGGAUGUCACGCCCCUGCAUCAGGCAUUUGAAGAGUGUAAAAAGUUUGCAGAGGAGCUGAAUGUUGCCGUUUGUGGAUCACAGAUCGUCGGCUUAGUUCCUAGGAAAGCUAUUCUAGAAGCCGCUGAUUUUUAUAUUCAGAAAGAAAAUCUCUUCAUCUUGGAAGAAGAUCAGAAAAUCAGACUGGUGAUUGACAAGUUAGGUCUGAGCUCACUCAGUCUCUUCAAACCCAAUGAAAGAAUUGUUGAGUAUAUGAUUGCCGAGGAUUCGUCCUUGUCCGCCCCACUCGCUAACAUGAGUUUGAAAUCAUUCAUUAAGAGUGUUGGUUCCAGGACUCCAGCCCCAGGUGGAGGAUCGGUUGCUGCUGCUGUAGGUGCAAUGGGAGCUGCUUUAACGAGUAUGGUUGGAUGGUUGUCGUUUGGGAAUAAGAAGUUUGAACACCUCGAUGCCGAGAUGAGACGACUCAUACCACCGCUUAACAAUGUCAUGCAGAGUCUGGUACCACUGAUUGAUGCCGACACUAAUGCAUUCAAUGGAUAUAUGGCGGCAAUCAAGAUGCCCAAGUCCACAGAAGAAGAAACAAAACGGCGUGAAGAGUGUAUGCAACUUGCCAUACAAGCGGCUAUCUCAGUGCCGAUGCAGGUAGCAAGAUGUGUCAGUAAUAUCUGGGAGCCAUUGAAGGAGCUUGCUAAGUGCGGAAACAUACAGUGUGUCUCCGACCUUCAGGUUGGUGCGAGGGCGCUAGAGGUUGGUGUUUGGGGAGCCUACUAUAACGUCAUGGUGAAUAUUCCAAAUGUGACAGAUGAAGGAAUCAAAGCUAAGGCAAAGGAAGACAUUGACCAAUUCUUAAAGCUGGCAAGAGAGGGCGCUGCUGAAGUGCUGAGCAUUGCUGAUGGCCGAGCAUCGAGCGAUUGAAACGGCUAAUAGGGGAGUUUUGGGACUCUAGGUGGCAGCAGACUUACCAGGUAAAUCCAUUGUCCUUGGUAAAGUGGGCAUGCUCAGAUCUACAUAAUUUCAAUUCAAUUCAAUUCAUUUCACGAAAUGGAUAUUUACCUGGUAAGCCUGCUGCGGCCUAGCGUUACAAAGUGAUCCCAUCGGAAGACAUGUUGCACUGCCACCAGCAGCUUCAAAAGGUUAUUUUUAAAUGUUUAGUAAAUAGAAUGAGCUGUUAACUAACCAAACGAACUGGUUGUAUAAAUGCACAAAAUAGUUAAUAAUAAGAGGUUUCCACCCUAGCAGAGACUUUCAAAAAGGCUAAAUGUUAGAGUGGAACAUUAUAAGGUUUUGUGUUUUUUUUUGUCUUGUCUUUUUCUGUGAAGGGUUUAUAAAGACUUUCUAAAAGUUACAAACUUAUUUCUGUGUAUUCAUUCUAGAUUUUAAGGAUUUUAUUUAACAUUUAUUAUUAUUAAAAACUGAAAUAAUUUCAAUGUAUACUUGGUUUGCGGUAACACCAUGUGU